ACGGUAACGAGUAGUACUGUGUGUAUCCAUACAUUGGUAUAAGUUAAAAUUGAAUUUUUAACAGAACCUUGAAUAACGCUGUUGAGAACAGGUCGUCGUUGGAACGACGCUUUUAGAUAAUUUUAUUAUACAACUUAUGAUAUUUUGGGAUACAUAAAAUGGGAUCUUAAGAUAAUGUAACGUGACUGAAAAAUUGUUCAUAUUGGGAGUAAAUGUGCAUUUCACAAAUGAUGAUUUUAAAUAAUUCCAUGUUAUGUUGAGUUUUCAUUAACCUUCAACAAAUAUUAGUGGCAAUACACUGAGGUUCAAAGGCAAAAAUUGGCAAUGCAAAGGGUAUUUCCAAAAAGGAGCUCUAAUUUUGAACGUAUACAUUUGUGCAGCAAGAUUAAGGUGACGUUAGACGAAAAGAGCAUUGUUUUUAAAUCAUCGUAUACUCUCAAUUGACACUCGAGCAGAAACGACGAUUUAUUAUGUAAUAGAAUCAACAAUUUUAUCUCUUCUUUCUUAUUUCUUUAUUGACAUCUUUCUUCAUGCUGGGUAUAAAAGUUCGAAAAGUUCGAAAAUAAAAUCGAAGUAUUCCGUUUGCGACAUAUUCAACUAGAAAAGAUGGUUGAAAGUACGACAGCUGUUCAACGUGCUAAAAAUUCUGCAUCCACUAAUGGGGCACAAUGGACUACAAGUGAAAAAAUAUCAUCCACAGUAACGCAUCAAGAAUCAAAUUGUGUACAGCAUAAUGAAGUGUGUACAGAUGCAGAUAAUUUAACAUUAUGGCAACAUCCAAUCACCACAUUAAACUAUUUCUUUCGAGAACUGUUACUCGAUAUACUCUCUUUAGGAAAGAAAACAUUACGGUAUAAGCGAACUGUAUGGAGUACAAUUUCGCUCGUAGCAUUAUUUUUGUUAUUAAGUAGAAUUUCAGGACCACAGCAAGAAAUGUUUAAAGCAUGGGAAGCAAAAGUUAUAUGGUGGUUGUACUGGGUAGGUUUGGGUGUAUUGUCUAGUGUAGGUCUUGGUACCGGUUUACACACUUUUGUGCUUUAUUUGGGACCUCAUAUAGCAGCCGUUACAAUGGCAGCAUACGAGUGUGGAUCUUUAAAUUUUCCUGAACCACCAUAUCCAGAUCAAAUAGUAUGUCCAACGAUGAUUGAUCCAUUAUGGACAGCGGGUAUAUUAAAUAUUAUGAGAAAAGUACGGGUAGAGGCUAUGUUCUGGGGUGCUGGUACUGCACUUGGUGAAUUGCCACCAUAUUUUAUGGCCAGAGCUGCGAGAACAAGUCGACAAAAUAAUAAAAAUGAUGAAGCUGGCCAAGAUGAUUUGAAGGAAUUAGAAGCUUUAGAGGCAUUAGAAAACGGCGAAGAUGUGCCAUUAGUAAUGCGUUUGAAAUUAACUAUGAAACACUUUGUUCAAAAAGCUGGUUUCUGGGGUAUUUUGGCUUGUGCAUCGAUUCCUAAUCCGUUAUUUGAUCUUGCUGGCUUGACUUGUGGACAUUAUCUCAUUCCAUUUUGGACAUUUUUUGGUGCAACGCUUAUAGGAAAAGCAGUUAUUAAAAUGCACAUACAACAGCUAGCAGUGAUUAUAGCUUUUAACGAAGAGCUUUUAGAUAAAUUUAUUAGCCUAUUGGCUAUUGUGCCCUUUAUCGGUUCGCAUUUUCAAGAACCACUUAAAAAGUACCUUAUUGAACAAAAACAGAAAUUACAUAGUAAAAAAUCAAUGGAUGGAACAACAACGAUUUCUUGGCUUUUUGAUAAAUUUGUAAUAUUGAUGGUGUGCUAUUUUCUAGUGACAAUUAUUCAUGCAUUAGCUCGAAAUCAUCACCGUAGACGCGUAAAAUCUUCUACAGACUGAAAUUGAAGAUGAAUAGAUUGGAACAUUGUAAUGGUGAAAACAGUUCCAUAGUAAGAUGCAUAUAAAACAUGAUAUAAAAAAUAACAGUAAGCUGUUGAUGCUUUGUUUACUAUAUAUAUACAUAUACAUAUACAUACAUACAUACAUACAUACAUACAUACAUACAUACACAUAUAUAUAUAUGUGUGUGUAUAUAUAAGGACUGCGCAGUUACUUUUAUUUAAUCUUAUAAUAAUACAGCAUAGAGUCUGAAUCUUAAUGUUUGCGAUGUAACAUCGUGCAAUAAGAAUUAUUUCAUUGAAAAAGUUCAAAAUGUAAAAAAACAGAAACAAUUAAAGUAAAAAACAAUUUUAGAAAUAGACUGGCUGUUUAAGCCAGCUUGAGGCAUUCAGAUUUAGACUCUAAUGUUAAACCAUAAAAAAUAAAAAUAUUUCAUGUCCCAAUUAAGCUAAGUAAGGUAUAAAUAAUACAUUGUACUUUUAUGUACAUGUAUGUCAAAUUUACACAUCGUGUUAAAUAGGCAAUGAUAAAAGUCAUUAAGGUAUUGUCUUACUUGAUAGGUAACAAAGAAAAAUACUUUUUAAUAAAUAAAACAUAUUUGUCCGAGAAAUGAUGAAAAAACAUGUAGCAUGUAUCAUGAUAGUGCUUCUUAUUACAUUUGUCAAUGAAAUAUAUUGUAUGAAUGGUGUAUUCAUUGAGAAGUCAUUAGUAGUGUUCAAUUUAUUGUACAAAAAGUUAACGAGGGGAUGAUAAUGCUCUAUUUAUUCGUUUGCUGUACAUUAAUUUUCUUUAUUUUAUUUAACGUAAUUUUUUAAGUCUGGACAUAAAAUAAUAAUAAAUAAUAUAUAUUCUUUCAAUUUGAAACAUUUUAAUUACGAAGUUUAAGUAUUUCUUAUUAGUAAUUAGAUAAUAAUUAAGUUAAAAUAAAUUUUGUAUAAAUAUUUUGAUUGGCUAAAUGCAACGAAAUUUUGCAAAUAUAAAAUCUAGAGAAAUACAUAUUACAUCAGCGAGUUUUAUAGAUCAUGCCAUUUGAAUAGAAAUUUUCUAUAAAAUUUCCAUGUUAAGUAUAAUAAAAAAAAUUUGGACGAAGAUAAUGUCUAGUAAUAUCAGAAGCAGACUUAAUGAUCUCCAAAAUUAAAAAGUAUUUUCCUUUCUGGCCUUGAUUGUACGUAUUUUAGUAUUUUGAUACUUGUCUAGAUAAAUUCAUCCAGCCAAUCCAGGCAUUCAUAAUUAUUUGUUGAUGAAUACAACGUAAUGUAUAAUGUCUUAAAUUAUAUUAUGUAAUAUAUGGAUAAUAUAUCAUUUCUCGCUAAAAAUAUAUUAUCACUGUAUUGUACAAUUUUUGUGACAUAAUAUAUACAUAUAUAUAAUGAUUUUAUAUAUUAUCCAUUGCAAUUAUAAUUUUCUUAUAUAAUGCCUGGAUAUUACCUGUUGCACAGGAAUUACAUAUCUGUGAUGUGUAUCUGUGUUUGUUGAGAUCCUAGGAAACAUUAAUUUUUCAUAAAUAAUAAAUGUUGCAACAUUUUAAUUUUUAACCGAAUCAUAAGUAUUUGUCACUCUGGAUGUAAUGAUUGGCUUCUAAAAUCUUUUGCCCUUUAUGAAUGUAUCUAUAAUAUUGAGUUAUUUACCUUCUGAAAACAAAUAAACAGGUUUUCAGUCAAUUACUGUUAAGAUAUUGCAGUGCUAUUAAAAAAUAUAUGUCGAAAGAACAAUUUUUUUUUUGCUUUAUGUUUGACCUUAUAGAAUUCUAAGUAUAAUCUGCUUUUUGUAUGCAAGUUCAACAACUUCCUUUGCAUGCUGAAAUGCUUUAUAUACACAAACGAGGUAUCGGUGAAUAAAGUUUUAUUUAUUCUUUACGAAGAAAGCAAAAUGAUGAUUUUUAACCUGACAAAAUAAAAUUACAGAUAUAUUAUGUAGAAAAUAAUGCGAGCGGAAAAAAGCGGAUGAAAGUCAGAGAGAGAGGGAGAGAGAGAGAGAGAGAGAGAGAGAGAGAGAGAGAGAGAAUGUUUAAUGUAAUGCAAUUUUCGAGUAUGCAUGUCUCAUCUUAUGCAAGUAUAAUGCCAAACUUAAUACAUAUGUAUCGAAUAUAAGAAUGAGAGAGAUAAUUUCGGUGUACGAUCGUAUGGUUGUUGUUAUCGUUAUUGUUGUUGUUUCAGGGGAAGCGAUAUCGCCCUUCACGGAUAUAAGCUUUAUGUAAUAAUACACGUGCCUGCAAUAGCUAUAAUAAAGAUCUGACAUUCCAAGCAGGA